AUGGAAGAAAUAGCGAGAAUGGGACAAAAAGAUACUGUAAGGGUUUUACUUGGCUUUGAAAUUUGAAUUUUGAAAAAAAAAGAAGAGUUUUGAAAUUCCCUCGUAUUUUUGACAGGUUACAAGAAGAUCGACUUAUGAGAGUCCACGUGUUCUAUUAACAAGAAAAAUCGAACAAUACAAUGAAGAAGUGUAUAAAUCUUCUGCUAUGCUGACUGAAAUUGUCGAUUUGAUAUUCAAAGUUGUUCGCGAAGAAAGAGAGAACAUGUGGGAAACAUACAAAAUCUGCCAGAAGCAAUUGCACAAGGAGAGAGAGGAAAAGGUUGGCACUUUCAGAAGAGCCAUUGAAAAUUAUGUGGAACGUUUUUCGCUGAAAAUAUCGGUUGAGGAGGAGUUGAGCCACAAACGUGAUGAUGAUAAUACGAUGUGAGUUUGAUUUAGUUUCAUCCUGAAAAUGCUCAGUCAGUUAUAGAUUUUUCUUUGCAUUGUUGACAAUUGGAAUUCCGGAGUUGCCAGAUAGUAUAAUCCCGAAGUUACUGAACAAUUGGUUCCGUGCGAUUGAAUGCAAUGAUAUAUUUGAAAAAGACUACGUUUGCUCUGAUCGAAUUGUCCAUAUAAAUCAAUGAGUGAGGAGGAGAAGAAGAAAUUGAAGAAUGAGGUAAUUUUAAGUUAAAGUCUUAACACUAAUAUCAGUUUUCUAUAGUAUCCGAUUCAAUGUGGAAUUGUUUUUAUGAAAUCGUGUGGAUUAUUGAUGAUUAAACAGAAUUUGAUGAAUGUUUGGUCAUGUUGGUGCGAGAGACUUGUGAUUCUGAAACCAUGUUUCGAAAUAAUCACCCAGAAAAUGAUUGAAGAACUUUUUCGAAGUUUACCGAUUGGAUUGCAAGGAAUCGUUAAAGGGAAGUGUUUUAGAUUUGAGUUCAGAUGAAACUGUGUAUUUUUCAGAAGAUACUUUUAGUAUAGAUAACAAAAUAAUUAAUAUGCAGAAUGUGAUAAUUGAACAUCUGGAGAGCAAGAUCGAACAGUGAGUUAGGUUGAAAGCUUUCAACUAAUCAACAACAUUUAUAGAAUGGAAGAAUACGAACAAGUUUUGAAAGAGCAAAAUGAUAAUCUUAAAAAUAUAAUUGAAGAAUCGAAGAAUAAAGAUGUUGAAGAUAUUGACUCGUGAGUUGAGAUCUGACUAUGUUAAUGAAUAUUUGGUGUUUACAGAAAAUCAUCAUUAACUAAUCCAUUGAAAGAUCAGAUGGAAAAAGAUUCAAAUGAUAUGAAGGCUUUAAGGUUGAAAUUAGAAGAAAUGGAAAAAGUGAAUGAGAACCUGAAAAGAAUGUCAAAUGGAAUUACUAUAAGUUGUCCAAAUGUUCGUCGAAUUCAUCAAAAAUACCACAAAAUUCUCAAAACUGAUUAUGAUUCUCUACUUCCAAAAAUAACAUCAGACAUUAACAGGUAUACAUUGUCAGUAACUCAAAUAAUCAUCAAAAUAUUUCAGUUUAAUUCAAAGUCAACCGGAUUCAACUGAAAUUCUGAUGAUGAAAGUAGAAGUUUUAAAAUUCAAAGAAGGAUUUGAUGAAUAUAUCAGAAAAGUGAAUGAAGAUUAUUGGAAAAUUGAGAGGAAUCCGAAUAUUUUGGUGCAAAAAUUGGGAAAUCGAGAGGUUGAGAUGUUUCCGAGUGAUGAAUUCAUGGAAAAUAUUCGAAAAUUGAAUGUGGAGUCUGAGAAAACAAUUGUGAAACACCGUGUAAAAUGGCUUGAUGAUGAGUAGUUUGGAUUUAAUGUUUGAGAAGCUUUUGUGAUUCUUAUUCAAAUUUUUAUAUGUUAUAUUGGAAUUAAAUGAAUAUUUUCCGGAAUUGUUUACGACAAUCAAUUUUUUUGAGGAAAAAGUGAUAAGCAAUGUGACUCUUCUUAUCAUUUGUGUUCAAAAUCGCCUCAACGUUUCUCAUUUCCUAUUCUUGAGCAAAAAGUGAGAAUUUUUUUUGCAAAAUCAAUAUGUUUUCAGCGAUUUCCCAAACGUUUGCCUAUUCACGAUCACAAUGAUGAUGUACCAAGAAGAAAGACCGCGGAUAAGACAAGAAUAUAUUGUAAGAAAAACAUAGCUAGUUAAAAAAUCGAAGAGAUUUGAAACUCGUGUUUUUGACAGGUUACAACAAGAUCGAUUGAGACCCCACGUGUUCUAUUAACAAGAAAAAUCGAGCAAUACAAUGAAGAAUUGCAUAAAUCUUCAGCUCUGCUCACUGAAAUUAUCGAUUCGAUAUUCAAACUUGUUUGCGAAGAACAUGAAAAACUCUGGGAUACAUUUAUAAUCUGCCAGAAUCAAAUCAACAAGGAGAGAGAACAAAAGAUUGAUAAUUUCAGAAAAGCCAUUGGAAAUUAUGCGGAACGUUUCUCGGUGAAAGUAUCGAGUGAGGAUUUGCGAUAUAAAAGUGAUAAUCAUAAUACGAUGUGAGUUGGAUUUAGUUUCAUAUUGAAAACACUCAGUCAGUUAUAGAUUGUUCUUUGCAUUGUUGACAAUUGAAGUUCCGGAAUUGCCAGAUAGUAUAAUCCCAAAGCUACUGAACAAUUGGUUCCGCGCAAUUAAAUGCAAUGAUAUAUUUGAAAAUGACUACGUUUGCUCUGAUCGAAAUUGUCCAUAUAAAUCAAUGAGUGAGGCGGAGAAGGAGAAAUUUAAGAAUGAGGUAAUUUUAAGUUAAAGUCUUAACACUAAUAUCAGUUUUCUAUAGUAUCCGAUUCAAUGUGGAAUUGUUUUUAUGAAAUCAUGUGGAUUAUUGAUGAUUAAGCAGAAUUUGAUGAAUGUUUGGUCAUAUUGGUGCGAGAGACUUGGAAAAUUGAGGCCAUUUUUCGGAAUAAUCACUUAUAAAAUGAUUGGGGAACUUUUCCGAAGUUUGCCGAUUGGAUUGAGGGGAAUCGAUAAAGGAAAGUGUUUUAGAUUUGAGUUUAGAUGAAACUGUGUACUUUUCAGAUGAUACUUUCAGUGCAGAUAACAAAAUACUUGAUUUGAAGAAUGAAAUAAUUGAAAAACUGGAGGAAAAUAUUAAAAAGUGAGUUGAGCUAACAAGUUUACAACAAUUUGCAAGAUUUCUAGAAUGAAAGAAUACGAACAUGCUUUGGAAAUGAAAGUUGAUGAUUAUAGGAAUAUAAUGGAAGAAUUGAAGAACAAAGGUCUUGGUGUAAUUAGAAUUGUAGAAACGUGAGUUGAGAUCUGAAAAUGAAUAGAUUCUAAUAUUCGUCAUUUGCAGAAAAGACGUUCAAUUAGCAGAAAUGACUAAAAUGUGUGAAACUGUGAUAUAUCAGAAUGAAAUAUUGAAGGCUGAUUUGGAAAAAAAUGCAAUUAAUAAGAAGGAUUUAGAGUUGAAAGUGGUAGAAAUGGAAAAAGUGAAUGAGAAUUUGAAAAGAGGGUCGAAUAGAAUUUCAAUAACUUGCCCAAAUGUUCGUCGAAUUCAUCAAAAAUACCACAAAAUUCUCAAAACUGAUUAUGAUUCUCUACUUCCAAAAAUAACAUCACAAAUUAACAGGUAUACAUUGUCAGUAACCAUACCACACCCAGCUUCGUGCAAAUUAACUUUGAAAAUUGGCGGUGUGGGUUUUGAAAUUUUCUGGCGAGGUGAAAACAACCUUUUCGACUAAAAAUACCACGUUUUAACGGAAAAACAAGCAAAAAUUUGCUGUUUUUCAAGAAAAUCUCAAAUUGGCGAGGUGAAUGUCCGUAAAUUUUUAUUGGCGCCGUGCAUAUGCCUCACCCUGGGCGUGGUAUGUCAGUAACUCAAAUAAUCAUUCAAAUAUUUUCAGCCUAAUUCAAAAACAACCGGAUUCAGAUGAAAUUUUGCAGUGGAAAGUGGAUGUUUUGAGAUUCAAAAAAGGUAUUGAUGAAUAUUUGAGAAAAGUGAAUGAGGAUUAUUGGAAAAUUGAGAGGAAUCCCGAUAUUUCGAUGGGAAAAUUGGGAAAUGAAGAGGUUGAGAUGUUUCCGAGUGAUGCAUUCAUGGAAACUAUUCGAAAAAUGAUAAUGUAG